AUGUUCAAUCCAGGAUACAGCAGAACGUCAUCUAGUAAUAGUACAACACCACCAGUUCAACCGCCGCCUAUGCCAUCUAUGAAUGGCGCUUCGUCUCUGAGAUCACGUUCAAGUAACAACCUUCACGAACCAACAAAAAUGAGUCAUUUGCCUCUUUCCGGUUUGAUGAAUCGCCAGCGAUCUUCACCGAAUUUGAAUCCAAGUCAAUCAUUUGGAAAUGCUUUGAACAAUAUUCAGAAUAAUGAAGCUGAAAGAUUUUAUCAAAACUUAAGCGUCUAUAGACAUCAAGAUCCAACAGUAAAACAAUUAGGUCCUUACCAUACAUCAGUUGAUCGAAAUUCAAUGUACACGCCAAAGCAGUUGAAAGGCUCUCAAAAUUCAUUGAAUCAUCCAAUUUUUGAUGUAAACCAAGGAAAAGAUCGGCCGCUUUCAGCAUAUGUUUCUCCAGACCAAAUGAAUUACAAUGCUUAUCAAAUUCCUCAAGCAGGGUCUCUUUUGAAAACACAAUCGUCGAGAGAUAUAAUUCGUCAAGAGGCUAAAUUACAAGAAAUGAAAGAAGAAGUGCGACGCCGUGAAUUAAGGGCAGGUGCAAUAAUAAGUAGUCAACAUCAAACCAAUUCUCUCAAUAUGCGACCUACUACUUCUCAAACCAAUAUUGGUAUUUAUAAGCAAACAAGUUUAGUACCAAAUCUCGAUUUGAAUUCUCCAACUUACAAUACUAUACAAAUAAGUUCAAAUUAUGGGUCAUCUGAUCCUCAACACAACCAAUAUAUUUUAUACAACAAACAACUGAUUUCGAACCAAUAUACUUCCAUUUCGAAAAAGAAUGACGCAUCUUGUUCUAACCAACAAAUUACUGAAUUAGACAAAGAAUAUGAUGCAGAUCUCAGUCGACCAAUUACAGAAUAUAAUCAACAAUUAGGACUUUUCAAUAAGCCUCAGUUUUUAAAUGAUUCAUCUAAUGUGAAUCAUCAACGUAAUAUGAAUGAAAAUUCAUCUAAUCAAAUGCAUUACGAAAAUAAUAUCAAUAAAGAAUCCUUACCUCUACAUUCAAUUCUUGAAAAAGAAUAUAAAGAAAGACAUCCACCUCCUCCACUUAAUACUUCAACUCAUCCAUUUAAUAUGAAACAAAUCGAUUCCAGGUAUACUUCUGGUGGACAAGAAGUCCCAAAAGGAAGUUACUAUUCAACAACCAAUUCAAGUCAACAAAAUCGACAGCAUCAAUACAAUGCUACUAAUCCAUGGCAACGGGAAGAACGAGAAAAAGAACAAGCACGACGACGAGAAGCUGCAAAAUUAUGGCGAGAUCAACAAAUUGCUGAAUUGAAUUCACUUUCGCACAGAACACAACAACAAGAAGAACAACUUCGAGCUCUCCAAUUAGAAAGAGACUUUCAAAAAAGAGCUGAAGAAGCUGCAGCUCAACAAGAUGACGAUGAAGAAAGUAAUGAUCUUGAUAAUCAAAAUAUACCAUGUGUCCAAGGAUUGCUAAAAAUGGCAGCAACUCCAGAGAAAAAUUACCCGUCAAUCCAGCCAAAUACUUUAUCACGAACAAAUCUAGCUAAUCAAUCAAUUAGGGGAACGAAUUCAUCUCAGUCAGCGAGUCAUCAAUUGAAACUACCUUUUAAUUCCUUACCUAUCGUAACAUCUCAACAAGAUCUAAUGAAAUAUGGAAAUAUUCAUGAAGAACAAGAAAGAAAUCAACGAAUGGAUGAAUACAAAGACGAAGAAAUUGAUUAUGACGGUAAUCAUCGAAAGAAUGAAGAAGAUACAAAACACAGUCAACAACAAUAUCAACAAAAUCAAACAAAUCCAAAAAAUCAACAACAGUUGUAUACAGAAAUGUUAAAAUUGGAUAAUUUAUAUAUUAAUGAUGGAAACGAAGCACCAGUACCACCAGAACGGGGUUCCAGUUAUACUGUUAUGUCUCAACAAAAUGUUUUAAGAUCAUCUAGUGCUGCUACAAUUUCAUCGCCAAUCGGAUCUCACCAAGCUUCCAUUAAAAGAGUCUCUUUCCAUGACUCUAAUGCUAAUAUUGAAAACUUUUCAAAAAAUAGCAUCAUCUCAAAUUUAUCGUCGCCUUACAGCAUGGGCACUAUAAAAGAGGAUUCUAAUUAUCCAAUUAGUUUGUUGAAAAUAAGAUAUCUGAGAGAUGGUACUUUAUAA